AUGGGUCGGUCCAAAAAAGCGUCCAUCGGUGAAGGUCCGGAGGCUCGUCCCUUGAAGGCGGCCGCGGCGAUGGCUUUGGGUAUAAAUUGCGGCAGGACAAACCCAGCGCUACAGUUGCUUGACUUGGCCCUUGCAAACAUGAAGGUUCUGCUGAUCGUCGCCUUGGCACUGGCCGCCCUGGCCGCCGCCCGACCCUCCGACGUGAUCGACAUCGAGCAGGACCACAUGGAGCACGAGCAGGAGGGCGAGCCUGGAAGGGCCGUGGAGGGCGAGUACUCGUGGGUAGCGCCCGACGGCAAUGAGUACGUCAUCAAGUACGUCGCCGACCGCUUCGGUUACCGAGUCGUCGAGGACAACGUCCUUCCGGAGUUCCGCGACGCCAAGCCCACCGGCGAAGCAGAGGAGGAGGACUAGUCCCACGGCUUGGAAUCUCAAAUAUUGUUCCUUUAUACAGUUCUGGGACUGAACUAUAAAGCUAUAUCUCUUGUGACCUGAGGGGGAAUAUUUCUUGAACAAUAAAUUUAUAUUUAAGUAUA